GAUACGACAUUCACUUUAAACUUAUCGGCCGGGCAGCAAUUUCAUUUACAGAAGAGAAUCAGUCAAAUUAAUAUCAAUUUCACAAAUUUAGCAUGUCAAGUGCUAGAAAAUCGUCGUCGAGCAGCAGUGGAAGUGCUAGUACCACGUCCGCAAAUGCAAUAGGGUCGAGCUCCGCAUCACCAUCGAGUAGCGGCAAUGUGCAGGAGUUUAAGAUUCGUGUGCCCAAGAUGCGCAAGAAGCACCAUGUGAUGCGAUUCAAUGCCACGCUUAACGUAGAUUUCGCACAGUGGCGCAAUGUCAAAUUGGAACGUGAGAACAACAUGAAAGAGUUCCGCGGCUUCGACGAGGAUCAGCCGAAAUUUGGUGCUGGCUCCGAAUACAAUCGUGACCAGCGUGAGGAGGCUCGCCGUAAGAAAUUUGGCAUAAUUGCGCGCAAAUACAGACCAGAAGCUCAGCCGUGGAUACUGAAAGUCGGCGGCAAGACGGGAAAGAAAUUCAAGGGCAUACGAGAGGGUGGAGUUGGUGAAAACGCCGCCUUCUAUGUGUUCACACAUGCCCCAGAUGGUGCCAUUGAGGCUUAUCCGCUUACCGAGUGGUACAACUUCCAGCCCAUUCAGCGCUACAAGUCGCUUUCGGCGGAGGAGGCCGAACAAGAAUUUGGACGCCGCAAAAAGGUGUUGAAUUACUUUUCACUUAUGUUGCGCAAGCGGCUGCGCGGCGACGAGGAGGAGGAACAGGAUCCUGAGGAGGUCAAACUUUUGAAGGCCGCCACCAAAAAGUCGAAGGAGUUGAAAAUCACCGAUAUGGAUGAGUGGAUUGACUCGGAGGACGAAUCUGAAUCCGAGGAUGAAGAGGAAAAGAAGAAGAAGGAGCAGGAGGACAGCGACGAUGGAACUGGUAAGAAGGGUAAGGGUAAAAAGGGUGUGGACAAAAAGAAGAAAAAACGCGAUGUGGACGAUGAGGCGUUCGAGGAGUCUGACGAUGGUGACGAGGAGGGUCGCGAAAUGGACUACGAUACCAGCUCCAGUGAAGAUGAACCCGAUCCAGAAUCCAAGAUGGUAAAGGAUAUGAAAGGUGUGGCUGAAGAGGAUGCAUUGCGUAAAUUGCUCACUUCCGAUGAGGAGGAAGAUGAAGAAAAGAAAUCGGAUGAAUCAGAUAAGGAUGAGGGCGAUGAGAAAAAGAAGAAGGAGAAGAAUAAAGAUGAGGCCACCAAGGACAAGAAGAAAAAGAAGCAAUCGAAAGACGAUAAGAAAUCAAAAACAAAUGGCAGCGAUUCAUCAACGGAUCUCAGUUCAGACAGCACUGAUAGCGAAGACGAUCUAAGCAAUGGACCGUCCAAAAAGAAAUCGACUGCCAACAAAGAGAAGGACAAGGAUAAGGAUAACAAGGCCAUCGCAAGUGGCAGCAAUUCAAAUAAAUCACGCUCGGCCACGCCAACUCUGAUGAAUGACGCGAGCAAACGCAAAAUGAACAGCUUGCCAAGCGAUCUCACUGGCUCGGACACCAGCAACAGUCCCAGUAGCACGCCAGCCAAGCGUCCCAAGAGCGAGCUGAGCAACUCGUUGCCAUCGUCAUUUGCCGGCGUUGUCAGCAACAAAGUGGAAGAUUAUGGGAUCACUGAGGAGGCAGUGCGUCGCUAUCUGAAGCGCAAGCCUUUGACAGCCACUGAGUUGCUGACCAAGUUCAAAAACAAAAAGACGGGCGUGUCGAGCGAUCGCCUCGUUGAGACCAUGACCAAGAUACUGAAGAAAAUCAAUCCUGUCAAGCAUACCAUACAGGGGAAAAUGUAUUUAUGGAUUAAAUGAUUAUAUCGGCAGCAGUUUAAGCUGCUUGUA